UUGCGGCGGCUGAGAGCCAAGCAGUUGUGCAGAGAUGAACAGUUCAAAGCCUCGCUGGGUUGGUACCAGAAGUGGAAAAAGCGCCAUUCUAUCAGCCUUUGCACAAAGACAACACUUGCACAGCGACUUCCACAAGAUCUGGAGGAGAAGACUACCCAAUUCCAACGGUUAGUGAUUUCCGCUCACAUGGAUAAAACUGCACAAUUCGAGUCUUUACCGAGCAGAACCGUUUACCCCUAAAAAAAAUUGCCUUUGGAUAAGUGUCUCAACAAACCGUGUAAGGACAAAAUCCAGAGGCAGAACCUCUCCUGGAUGAUGACUGACUUCCCUUUGAGUUUACCCCAGCGGGAAAAUAGAAGGUACAGUUGCGAAACCUGGUCCUUCUUUAGAUAAAGCGGGCUUGGGAUGAACUUCCGGAAAAAAUGAUGAAGAAAUCAUUUAAAACAUGCAGGACUUCGAACGCGCCCGACUACUCAGAAGAUGAUAACAUCUGUACCGAUGACAUGCCUAAACUAGCCGACGAUGAGAUGGCCUGGGACGACAAGUUUGAGACCGAUAACAAAAAAAAG